AUGCCUCGUUACUUUUCUUUUCUUCUUCUCCUCGCUCCUUUUCGCAGCUCGUCUGCUUUCCCAAACCUAGCCUACUACUACCUCUUCAACGCUCAUCACGCUGCCGGUACCAAUGAGACGCAGCACCUGUUGAUUCGAGCUGGCGAGCCCGACCCGCUCACAACCUGUGGCUAUCUGGAUGGAAAUCCGACCGACUUUCGCACCGCCAAUUCUGGAUAUAACUGUCGGUUCGAUACAGCAAAUAGCCUGUGGGGUUUCUGUCCCACCACGGUUGGUCGAGCCGUUGACUGUGGCCUGGCUGGAGCCUGCAUUGAUCAGCAUUACUGCACAAAAGGUUGUGGCAAUCUCCAAGGAGAGCUUACAACAUUUACAUGUAACUCGGACCAAUAUUGUUCCACCGCUCUGUUGGCCUUGGCCACUGAUCAAUCGUAUUCGUAUAUUGCUUGUGGUGGGAAGUCUGGCAUACAUAGUUAUUUCGUGUCUCCUACUGCCGCAGCGACGACGACGACAACGACGACCCAAGACACAAAGGCCACGCAGCCAACGCCUCUGCCAACAGCAGGCUCGGAGCCGAAACAGACGUGGACAACGCCAGCCACUAGCAGCAGUACCAGCGGCAAUACUGGCGGCAGUAAUGGCGGCAGUACUACCUCGGCCGGCCCGACAUCAUCUGCAAUGGCACCAGCAACCUCCAAUAUUGCCACGCCUCAAGGUUCUGGCACCAAUAACACUCCUGCUAUUAUCGGUGGUGUGAUUGGUGGAAUCGCUCUCCUCUGCAUCUUUGGUCUUGUUGCCAUUUACUUGAUUCGGCGCGACAAAAAGGCCACGGCGACAAGAAGCAAGGAGAAAAGAAGCGCUGAGCAGUUGGCCUUGUCAAACGCCGAGGAUAAAAAAAAUCCAUCGCACAGAGCCACAGGAGGAUGGGGUCCAAGAGAGCUUCCUGCUCACCAAUCCGGCCCCGUGGAAUUGCCCAGCUAG